AUGCUCUCCCUUCUCGCCCUCAGCACCCUCCUCCUAAGUAUCGUCUCCGCCGUCUCCGCCUCACCCGCAGCCCCCAAACGCGCCAAUCCCCCCAGCUCCUUCUACCUCGUAACGACGAGCUCGCGCGCACCCGCCCCCAACGGCAACUCCUCAGCCCUAGCCAACGUCUCAGCCAUCAGCCUGUUCGACCCCUACUACCAGCCGAACUACUACCUCCGGCAGUCGCAGCCAGGGUACAACUCGCUGCCCAGCUUCACGUACACGAACGGCUACCUGCAGACCGUGCAAGCCGGGCCGCACAACUUCCCCCCGAGCCAGUCUUACAUCGCGUACAGCGCGGGCGCGGGCAAGGAGCUUACGUUUUACCCGCAGCAGGAGAGCGCGACGGGCGGUGCGGGUGGAGACCUGAACUUUCAGGGUGGGUAUUUGCUUGCUACGGCGAGCUUUGCUAACGCAUGGAUGCUGUGUGAUGGCGCGUUGGGCCAGCGUGUCAUUAAGUAUCGUGGUACCGAUGAGAGUUGUGAGCAGGUGUAUGUGCAGGCUGUUGCAGAACCGCCAUAUUAA